GUUUGAGAAAUGUAUUAGAAGCAGCGAGAAAGUAUACAUUUUAAUAAUAGACACACAAAAUAGUUUAAUUACAAAACGAAACUAUAAUAAGUUACACUUUUAUCCAAAUGUCCUAUAAAUGCGUAGCCUAGAAACUCAAACGGUUGAAGUAGCGAAAGAUUCCGCUUUACAGGAUGUUAUAACAUCUCAGACUGGUCAGGAAAGAUACUACGAACACGUAAGAUCGUAUUUUCGCGCCAUUUAUGUGAUCGGACGCUGCAAAACGCGUUUACGCGUGUUGUACAGCACGUUAAAUAAAACGAGCCGAAGCUUCGCCAUGCAGCUGCUGAAGCUGCUCACAUCAGAAAUCCACGGUGGAGUGGUUAGUGAUACGUUUGGGCUGAUUUGUGCCGUGUGUGUGUGUUCUCUGGUCUGUUGAGACCAAUAUAGAACCUGUUGACCUUAUUUCUAAGCGGUGUGUGUGGAGAAAACCAGCUGCAAGGACACAACGAAUGCGGGAAUGAUGAAUGCGGCCAUGUACAGGGAUAUCCUGGACAUGAAGGACCUCAAACUGGGCUGAAGGUUUACAGUCCAACAUGACAAUGACCAUAAGCACACAGCUAAAAUAACAAAGGAGUGGCUUCACGGUAACUCUUUGACUGUUCUUGAAUGGCCUAGUCUGACUUAAACCCAAUCGAGCGUCUCUGGAGAGACCUAAAAAUGGCUGUCCACCAACGUUCACCAGACAACUGGAGAGGACCCCCAAAUUCAGAAGCAGGACGAUUUGGAGAUGAGAAUGAUGGAGCUUCAGAAGCCUGGAUCAAGGACAGAAAACAAUAGGAAUGCUACAUCGGAUGAGGAAAAUGGUGAAGAUGUGACUAUGGAGGAAGAUGAGGUGGAGAUGAGCUACAAGGAGCUCCAAAUGUGGAUCAGAGACCAGGUGGAGAAGUCCUGUUUGGCGUCUUUUGGGGGGAGAGAGUACUACUAUAGUCAGCUACAGUCUCUGUUGAAAAGGAAGAUAACACAAACAGAAAAACUUGUAUCCCUCUGCAAAUCUGUGUCAGCGUUUGAACAAUCUGUAAAGGAACUGUACUCCAUGCUGGGAUUGGAGUACAUCGGAUACGACUUUAAUUCUGGCUGUAGUGAUGCUCCAAUUUCCAAGGAUGCACUGCCAGAUUGGUUCAGUUCUAAAGCCACAAGCGACCAUGAUGCUAAGGGAUCUAUUAUUGUUACAAUGAAAGAAGUCAAGGUGGUUUUGACUAAGCUCAGUGCAGCUGAGAUCAAAGCUGACCUCCAUCCAGAACCGCCUCAGAUUGACGGCAAUGAAUGUGAAUCUUUAAGCAGUGCUGAGUCUGAAAUGUGUUGGGAACCAGAACCUGACUCAAGUGGCUCGGACAUUUCAGAUUUUACUAAAUCAGCUAAAAGAAGGAAGAUGGAUCUAAGCAGGACAUUGGUGAAAUCUCGCCAAACUUCUCGAGGAACUAGAAGACAAGCUGUUAUAAGUGAAACAGAAACGUCAAGUUCAGAUGGGACAAGCCGCGGCGCUGAAAACGAGACAAUGGAAACAGCAUUGGAAGCAACUGCAGCUACUAAUGCUAAAUGCAACGUUUCAGAAGCCAGCAAAUCAAAAACGCCGCAAGCUAACAAAACGAAAACAGCAGAGUUCAACAAAGUGAAUACAACAAUACAAGCUGACAAAAAAUUAGGAGAUGAGUCUAGGAAAUCAGAAACAUCACAAGCUGACAAGACAAGAGAUGAGUCUAGGAAAUUGAAGGUGCAACAAGCUAACAAGACAAAGAUCGAGUCCACCAAAUCAAAAAAAUCACAAGCUGACAAGACAACAGAUGAGUCUAGGAAAUCAAAAAAAUCUCAAGCUGACAAGACAACAGAUGAGUCUAGGAAACCAGAAACAUCACAAGCUGACAAGACAAAGAUCGAGUCCACCAAAUCAAAAACAUCACAAGCUGACAAGACAAAGAUCGAGUCCACCAAAUCAAAAACAUCACAAGCUGACAAGACAACAGAUGAGUCUAGGAAAUCGAAAAUGCAACAAGCUAACAAAAUAACCUCCCAAGAUAAAGCCAAUUCAGAAAGCCAUGCAGUAAAACCUUCCACAUCGUCUGCAAACAUUAAUGGGGGGGAUUCUGUGAGCCAGAAAUCUUCUACGACUACCAGCAAUCCUCCAAACGUUCCUCUAGAAAAGAUCACUGUAAACAUGAAAGUCGUGGCGAGAAGGAAGGCAUUGAGUUGGCAUGCAGGAAAAGUUACCGAAAUAAUUACAAAAGAAGACGGCCGCGUGAAAUACAAAGUUGCUUUUGAAGAGAAGGGGAGGGCCCUCGUCUCUGGCCACCAUAUUGCCUUGGCCCACCAGCCAAAAGUGAGUUAUCUGUCCACUGGUGCUCGAGUGGUGAUCGAGACUGAAGACGGUGAGUUCAUGCCUGGUAUUGUAGCAGAGGUCCCCGGCAGGAAGAACCACAUGAGAUUCAUGGUGUUUACUGAUGAUCACACACCUGUCUACAUUGCCCUACCUAAAAUUCGUCUGGUGUGCCAACCUUUGGCGGACCCUUUGGAUGACAUUCCCGAUAACAACCACAGGGAGUUCAUGCGGGACUACCUGCGUCAGUGGCCCUUCCCAGCUCAGACCCAUUACAGAGUUGGACAGAAGAUGAGGGCACUAUAUAAUGGUACUCAAGAGAAGGUUGAAGUUUUGCAAGUUGACUGCAGCUUGAUUGAAGUCAUUUUUGAGGUGGAUCAACAUAAGGAGUGGCUCUACCGAGGCUCAAUACGCUUGGAACAGAUGCUCGAAAUGUAUGAGGAAAUGGGGGCGAAAAAGAGUGAUGAGAAAAAGAACAAUGGGACGGUGAAGAAAUGAGCCAGUCAUCUUUCUUUCUUUUUUUUAGUUCCAAGGGGAAAUAAAGGUUUCCUGUUGAAAGUAUUGGAUUUUGUGAUCAGAGGGAAUAUUUUUGUAACUAUUUCUUAGCAGUGCCAGUUAUCAUUGCACCUUAUUUCUUUGACCUUAAACCAACCAGAACAUUCCCUUUGAACCAGCUUGGAUCCAGUUAAUGUGCUGUUAAAUGUUUAUGUUUUUACAUAUUUAGCAAACAAAAGCUGAAAGGUCCUCCUCAUUGUGCCUGAGAAGUAUUUGAUUAAAAUGUAUUUUUUA